AAACCCAAACACCCAACAACAGGAAUUAUUGCCAUCACACUGGCAUUUCAUAUAUGUCACGAAGUUCACUUAGCUGGUUUUAAAUACAACUUCUCUGACCUGACGAGUCCUUUGCACUACUACGGGAACGCCACCAUGUCCUUGAUGAAUAAGAAUGCGUAUCACAAUGUGACUGCGGAACAGCUCUUUUUAAAGGACAUUAUAGAAAAAAAUUUCGUGAUCAACUUGACAGAAGAUUGACCCUACAAGCUCAGAAGAUUAUACUGACAGUAUUUUAUUUUUAUACUGGAAUUUUUAGUUUAUUUUUAAAUAUGUUGGAUGGACUUGUCAAAUAAUUAUGUAUAUUAAAUCUGUUGCUGCCUGGUGAUUCAUAACCACCAGUUUAAUCUCUGUGAAUAUAUUUAUGAAAACCAAGAAAUGUUUAAUUAUCAGGGAAAAAAGUUUUGAUUACAUUGUGUUCUUCAGAUAAGUUUUUGAGGUCUUUUUUUUAAAAACAUCUUACAGUUAUUUCAUCUUAGACUUUUCAAAGAAUGUGAUUUCCGAAGCAGAGAGAAUUUACUGCAGUGUGACAUUCGGAGAAGUUAAUGUAAACAGGAGGUGUCCUGUGAUUACACCUUGCUGUAGCAAAGUGUAACCCCUGGGCUGUGGAAGUCAUACUACUUUAAUUCAGUUUCUUCCUUCUGUAGUUAAUUAACCAUGAAUGUGAUUAGUAAUAAUUUGGUAGAAGGAAGACAGUGUUUUUUGCUUUUAUUUUUUAAGUUAAAGGAAAUAGGCAAAACAUACAAUUUUGAAUGAGUAAAUGACUAAAUUCAAUUAUUAAA